CGUGCGAGUGCAUGGCCAUUAACUUGCGCGACGUUGCGACGACAGCAGUUAGAAGAGAAGAGAGCGCUUAGUCAUAGUUGCACACACCCAUACAUAUAUACAAGCACUGACAAAAGAUAAACAAACGAAAGUGACGGCAACAAAAAAAAUUUAAAAAUGUCCUACCACAUUGUAGAUAUGACGAAUGCCUCCGAGCCAGAGACAGAGCCCGUGCUGCUCUCAAAGCACGCCAAGAACCUGCUGCGCUUCCUGCACUUGUUGCCCGCCCGCAUGUCCUCGCAUGACAGCACCAGGAGCACUAUUGUGUUCUUCGCCAUCUGUGGCCUAGAUGUGCUCCACUCGCUGCAUCUGGUAUCCCCGCAACUGCGCCAGGACAUCAUCAACUGGACAUACGGCGGAUUGGUGGUGCCACGCGAGCAGGAAAAACGUUGCGGCGGUUUUAUGGGUUGCCGUGCGAUGUUGCCGCAGACUGAGGAUGCUCAGGUGCUGGAAUGUAUGAGGAAGUAUCAGUGGGGUCAUGUGGCAAUGACGUACACCAGCAUCGCAGUGUUGGUCACACUGGGCGACGAUCUGUCCCGGCUGGACCGCAAGAGCAUCGUCGACGGAGUGGCGGAGGUGCAGCGUCCGGAUGGCAGCUUCAGUGCCUGCGUCGAUGGCAGCGAGAAUGACAUGAGAUUUGUGUAUUGUGCUGCCACCAUUUGUCACAUGCUCGACUAUUGGGGCAAUGUAAACAAGGAGAGCAUGUUUCAGUUUAUAAUUCGUAGUCUGCGCUAUGAUUAUGGAUUUAGUCAGGAACUGGAGGGCGAAUCCCAUGGUGGCACCACAUUCUGUGCAUUGGCUGCCCUCGAGUUGAGCGGUCAACUGGAUCGUCUUGAUGCAACGACUGUGGAACGCAUUAAACGCUGGCUGGUCUUUCGUCAAAUGGACGGGUUUCAGGGACGCCCAAAUAAGCCAGUGGAUACGUGUUAUUCCUUUUGGAUUGGCGCUGCGCUGCGUAUGCUAAACACCUUUGAGCUUACCGACUAUGCCCAGAAUCGUGAAUAUAUAUUGAGUACACAGGAUAAGAUGAUUGGUGGCUUUGCCAAAUGGCCACAGUCCUCGCCAGAUCCUUUUCACACGUACCUGGGCCUCUGUGGACUCGCCUUCACAGGUGAGCCGGGCCUAAACGCUGUUAUGCCCAGUUUAAACAUCUCCAUGACGGCCUAUUCCCAUCUCAAUGAAUUGCAUCAACGAUGGCGGGCCAACAAAGGUCUUAGCCAAGACCUUGUGCAGUUGAAGUUGAAUGGAGAUGGAGUUGAAAGUGAAACAGCCAAUGGAACUACCUCGAGUUCGCCUCUAGUAUCAGCACAAUGAUGGGAAAUGUUAAUGCACACACUACUAUAUUUAAUACGCUUAUAAUUAGCAUUUAUUGCUAAUGAACAGACUUUUCAUAAGUUAAAAGUUGGCAAUUGUUGUUGAA